GGGCUUGAAGAAGAGAUUUGUCUGACCAUGAUAAGUUUUGCAAGCACGGAGGAGCUAAGAUGUCGGAUUUCAGACGAAGAUAUCGUGGAGUGUUAUCUCCGGCCAAAGGUAAUGGGGGAAGCAACUGCGAUGCCGAGAUUCAUUGUGGAGGUUGGGGAGGAGUUGUACACUCGAGAGCCAUGGCUGCUUCCGCAACAAACAGAUCCCAUCCUUAACCCUCGCGAGUGGUUCUACUUGGGCCCGAAAUGGGUUCGACCGUUCCAAGGAGUCUACUUUGACGGAUCGUGGGAUGCCAUAGAAGGCUUCUUCGUGAUCCUGUCCAAGGAGACUGGUGAAAAAAUCGGGGUAACGAGGAGAUACAGAUUGUACUGUAGGAACAAGAACGACGACAAAGGUCUUAUGUUGCCGAGCGAGUGGUUCAUGCGAGAAUACCUUCUCUAUCAUCCCAAAUUCCAUAGCCAUGCUCUCUGCAAGGUUACUUAUAACCGACCACGUCCUCGUCGGUCAAUGUGAUCCCUCUCUUUGCUUAUUUGCCUUAUUUCGAGCCUUAUUUAGUUAUCGUCCACCCAAACCCAAAACCAAACCAGUCUUUGUAAUAAACUGCUUUAUAUGCUUCCCUUGAAUUGUCUUGUGUGCGAUUGGUCUAUUAUCCUUUUCUGAA